GAAAGUCCCGAACGAGUGCGAGAAUUUUCAGUGGCUGGCACCUCUCUCCUCCACUCUUGAGAGAGAGACUGAGAGAGAGAGAGAGGGGGCGAGAAGAAGUUGAGAUGAUCGUUGGAAAGAAGAGAUGAGGAGCGGAAAUUAGAGACUGAAUCUUGUUUUACGUUCUCAUAGAAGAUCGCCGAGGAGAAGAAGAAGAAGAAGAAGAAGAAGGAGGAACUAUUUUUUUUUUUUUGUAAAAGAUUCCUGCUUUCCAUGAUGCAGAGGACCGAAGGGAAGGCCGUAAAAAUCUUCUAUUUCGACUGAAUUCAGCAAGCAGUUGAACCUCAACUGCAAAUGAUUUUAGUCAAAUUUUGGUGUUUGCUUUGCCCGAAAAAAAUGUGGUCUUCACGAGCUCCGAUCGUUGCUUGAUUGAGAAAAAGGAUAGGUAUGAAUUGCCUUUAUAGGAAUGAGCUCCUGCAGAGAAGAAUUGGUCGUGAAUUCUAUGACUGUAGGAAUCAGAUGCCAUCCAUGUUCUCUUCGAGUUCUUUUGAGGAAUUCGAAUGUAAAUUGUUUGGUGCAAGCGCGGCAAGUAGGCUCAGUUAGCCGUGAAUAGAUGGUUUUUGCAUCAUAUGGCGCUUUUUAAGGAUCGGUUCUUUUGGUAAUUCAAAAAUUUUAGCCUGGAAAUUCCGCCAUGGAUUCGUCUCUGCUUCCUAUCUCAGAGACGCUGUCUAAGAUUAUUGAGGAGAUAGUGUUAACGAUUUCUGCUGCGAAGGAUGUACUUGUGGAGAAGCAUAGCUUCACGCAGCUCACUGGAUAUUUGGAACGAGUUGUUCCAGUCCUGAAGGAGCUUGCCAGAAAGGAGGUGGACAACUCGGAGAACGUGAGGGCUGUGGUGGAGAUUCUUGAUAGAGAGACAAAGGUGUUGAAGCAAUUGGUGGUAGAAUGUGGCAAGAGGAAUAAGAUUUAUCUCCUAGUUAACUGUAGGAGGAUCGUCAGCACUAUGCAGGAAAGUACCAAUGAGUUCAGUCGAGCUCUGAGCUUGAUCCCUCUAGCUUCUCUGGAUCUGUCGUUAACUACCAAUGAGGAGAUCAAGAGUCUCUAUGAUGUAAUGAGAAAAGCACAGUUCAGGGCUGCGGUAGCUCAGGAAGACGUACUGCAGAAUAUAGAGUCAGGGAUACGGGAAAGGAGCUUGGAUCGUGCUCAUGCGAAUAAUCUGCUGCUUCAGAUAGCUGAAGCUGUUGGCGUCCCAAAAGAUAGAUCAGCGAUGAGGAAGGAGUUUGAAGAGUUCAAGAGAGAGAAAGAAGACGCACAGCUUAGGAAAGACAGGGCAGAGGCGAUACAGAUGGAACAGAUAAUUGCAUUGCUGUCUCGAGCUGAUAUUGCUUCUACCCCAAAGGAACGGCAGGAUAUAUAUUUGGCCAAAAGGAAUUCCCUGGGCAGUCAACCUUUUGAACCUUUACAAUCAUUUUACUGCCCCAUCACCCAUGAAGUUAUGGUUGAUCCUGUGGAGACGGUUUCUGGACAGACAUUUGAGAGAAAUGCCAUAGAGAAAUGGCUUGCUGAUGGUAACAUGGUCUGUCCCCUGACAAUGAUCUCCUUGGCAGGUGGUAAUCUCCGGCCGAAUGUAACUCUUCGUAAAUCCAUUGAGGAGUGGAAGGAGAGAAAUACGCUGAUCACAAUUGCAUCCAUAAAGUCAAAACUCAGUUCCAGUGAAGAACAGGAAGUUCUGAAUACACUCGAGCAGUUACAGUGUCUAUGUACAGAAAGAGAAUCGUAUCGGGAAUGUGUUGUACUGGAGAAUUACAUACCUGUACUCGUUGGAUUAAUGGGUGGCAACAAAGUUUUGGUAAGGAAGAAAGCUUUGGACUUGCUUUGUCUCUUGGCAGAGGAUAGAGAAGAAUAUAAGCAAAGAAUUGCAAGUGUGGAGAAUGCCAUUGAAUAUAUGGUUCGAUCUCUUUCCCGUGCCACGGGAGAAGGCGUGUCUGCUGUAUCUUUACUAUAUGAACUAUCAAAGGUUUCCAAUGUCCUUGAAAGGAUUGGGGAAGUACAUGGCAGCAUUUUCUUCCUUGUCAUGAUGAUGAAACGUGAUGAACCCCAGGCUGCCAAAACUGCGAGUGAGCUCCUUCUCAGUCUUUCGUUCUCGGAACAGAAUGUGGUACUAAUGGCAAAAGCAAAUUACUUUGAACCUUUAUUACAGCGGCUUUGCACAGGUUCUGGUGAUGUAAAGGUUAUGAUGGCCAAAGCUUUGGCUGAAAUGGAGUUGACGGAUUUUAGCAAAGCGGCUCUUUGUGAUAGUGGCGUGAUCACAGCUCUCCUGGAUAUGAUUUCAAAUGGAGACUCACAAUCAAACCAAGCAGCUAUUGAUGCUCUAAGCAACCUUUCAACUGUACCCAGGAAUGCAAUCCUUAUGAUAAGAGAAAAUGCAGCGAAAAUUCUUCUGGACCUAUUGGACUUUGCCAACUUAACAUCAUUAAGUUUGAGAGAGCGUGCUGCAGUAACCUUUAUGAAUCUUGCCUUCUCUGCUGCUUCUCCUGAAGCUAGUGGGGCUCCAUUUCUGUUACUCCAGUCUGACUCUGAUAUCUGCAGGCUGUUUGUGUUAGUUAGCCUAUGCCCUAAUAUUCAGGAAAGCAUUCUUCGAGCUUUCCAUGUCAUGUGUCAACUGUCUAUAGCAACAGAAAUGAGGGCUAAGCUCAGGGAGGUGGGAGCAAUUCAGUUACUAGUGCAGUUUUGUGAACAUGGUAACCUGGCAGUCAGGGCAAGUGCGGUGCAACUGUUUUUCAGCUUGACCCAAGACUGUGAUGGCACCUUUCUGGUUGAGCAUGUAAAUAAGAGGUCCUUGGAGGCCUUGCUCAGAAUUAUCAGAACAUCUGAUCGUGAUGAGGAGAAAGCAGCUGCAAUGGGUGUCCUAGAAAAUUUUCCUACUGAUGAUACACAGACAACAGACUGGCUUCUUGAGCUAGGUGCACUGCCAGUGAUUGUGGAAAUAAUUGAAUCGGGUUGCCGUCAAGGAUUGCCCCAGAACCAUUUCUUGCUUGAGAAAGCUGCUGGGACUCUUCGGCGGUUCACAUUGCCCAUGAAUAUUGAACUGCAAAAACGGGUAGCUAAGGCUGGCAUCAUCUCAAUCUUGGUAAGAUUGUUAACCUUUGGGACGCCGCAGACAAAGCGACAGGCAGCAUUAUCACUUGCUCAAUUUUCAGAAAAUUCAAAGCGGUUGAGCAAGCCUGUUGAGGGACACCGAAGAUGGAUGUGUUUUUCAGCACCAGCGGAGCCUGGUUGCCGGAUUCAUGGGGGUGUAUGUUCUGUUGAGUCCACGUUUUGCUUGCUGGAGGCAGAUGCUGUGGAGCCACUAGUGCGGGCCCUGUCUUUAAAGGAGAUGUGUGUCUGUGAAGCUGCAUUGCAGUCACUAUCUACACUUAUAGAGGCUGAGCAACUGCAAAGUGGAAGCAAGCUUCUUCAUGAGAAGAAUGCGAUUGCUCCAAUCAUAAACUUGAUGAGCAUAGAGGAAUGUGGUAAAACUGCUGAGAAAGCACUGCAUGUUAUUGAGAGGAUUUUCAGGCUUGAAGAGUACAAGAGCAAGUUUGGGCAAUUGGCUCAGACACAUCUAGUUGAGAUGACCCAGAGGAGUGAUGGUGUUACUAGAUCUUUGGCAGCUAAGGUGCUCGCUCUUUUGGAUGUGCUGCCUAACCAAUCAUCAUUUUUUUGA